AUGAGGGUCUCAGUUGUCAACUCAGCGGUCCUGCUGCUUCUUAGCGGCCUUGCGCUGGCUGCUCCAGUGCCCGCGCCAGGCCCCCAAGCUGACUGGCAGACCGACUACAAUGUCGAUAAACGUCAAGCUGACUGGCAGACUGACUAUAACGUCGACAAACGCCAAGCUGACUGGCAGACUGACUACAAUGUCGACAAACGUCAGGCGGAUUGGCAGACCGACUACAACGUGGACAAGCGUCAGGCCGACUGGCAGACUGACUAUAAUGUCGACAAGCGCACUCCUGUCCCGGAGCCAGUAGCACAAGCUGACUGGCAGACUGACUACAAUGUGGACAAGCGUGCCCCCGUCGUCAUCGAACGCAAGCCAUAG